AAUGUGCGCGCGCAGAAUAGACAACAAAGAAUCGUCACCAUCAUUUAUAGUUUAUUACUGUAUCGUGACUCUCAAUUUGAUCUUAUUGUGAUAAAAGCAUUUGUUUAGUGACUUAUCAAGUUUAACGAAUAAUUUUAAUUAUUAUAUAUGAAAAUAAUACAAAUAUCAAAACUUCAAGGACGUAACCAGUAAAAUAUCGAUAGAUAUUACUCUUACAACAAGAUGAGUGACGAUAUGUCUUUAUAUACUUUACCAAAUAAUCAACCUUUGGUAUUGUUAGAAUGUGAAACGUCGUUUAAUGCAUUAACACUGAAAGAAAAAUUGUAUGCACAUUAUUUGAGCAAAGCAGCAUGGCAUGGUGGUCUUAUUGUAAAUUUACAACUUUCGCCAGAAUCUCCAUUGAUUUUUGCUCUUUUACAUAAAAUUUUUCUUUCCGAAUCUGCAGAUGAUUUAAAACUGUCUGCAAAGAAAGCGGGCAUUUCUGAUGAUGAUUUUACUGCUUUCUUGGUCUACGCAUGUGGAAUUAUAACAAAUAGUGGUAAUUACAAAUCCUUUGGUGAUAGUAAAAUAAUACCUAAUUUACCUAAAGAAAAAUUUGAGACAAUCGUCAAAGUAUCUAAAGCAUUUAAAAACAAUUCAGAUGAGAUACAAUAUCUCUGGGAUAAUAUUCACAAUUUGAUGUUUUCUUUAGAAAACAAGUUGAGAUCAUUAGGAUUGGGUGAUAAAGGUGUAACCACUUAUUUCUCUGCUAAUUGUACGGACGAAGAUGCUCAAUUAGUUAAUAAAUUUAUGCAAUCUAAAGGAUUGGAGUCAUAUAAUACAAGAUGUUUUAAAACUAUAAUACCAUCCAAAGAUUCUAAAACUGAUGAAAUAACAAGUCUAUAUGAAAUAAGAUUAGCUUCCGUAGAUAAAGAAGACGAUCCAAAAAUAACUUUACCACAGGAAACCUUUGAAGAAGAAGAGUUCAAAAUUACAAGAGGAGAUUAUGAUAUAAUUUUAGCAAAGGUUAAUGAUAAUCUUCAAAAAGCUAAAGAAUAUGCAGCAAAUGAGACAGAAAAUCAAAUGAUUGAGAAAUUUAUAAGUCAUUUUAAAACAGGUUCAUUAAAAGAUCAUAAAGAUGGUUCUCGUUACUGGAUCAAAGACAAAGGUCCAGUCAUUGAAACGUAUAUUGGUUUUAUAGAAACAUAUAGAGAUCCAGCAGGACAAAGAGCUGAAUUUGAAGGUUUUGUAGCUAUGGUUAACAAAGAAAUGUCUCAAAAGUUUGCUAAAUUAGUGAAUAGAGCAAACGAGUUUAUUCCUAGUCUUCCUUGGGGUAAGGAUUUUGAGAGAGUUUCAUUUACGCAACCAGAUUUUACUUCGUUAGAAGUUUUAACAUUCUCAAGUUCAGGCAUUCCUGCUGGAAUAAAUAUUCCAAAUUAUGAUGAAAUUAGACAGUCGGAAGGAUUUAAGAAUGUUUCUUUAGGAAAUGUUAUACCUGCUAAUAUGAAGCAAGAUGAAAUACCUUUUUUAUCCAACGAAGAUGUAGAAUUAUUGAACAAGUAUAGAAUUCCUAGUUUUGAAUUACAAGUUGGAUUACAUGAACUUCUUGGUCAUGGCAGUGGUAAACUACUACGGUCAUUGGGAGCUAAUGCAUACAAUUUUGAUAAGGGAAAUUUAAUAAAUCCAUUAACAGGAGAUCCUGUAGAUAAAUAUUUCAUGCCUGGAGAGACAUAUGAUUCUAAAUUUGGUGCAAUGGGAUCGUCAUAUGAAGAAUGUCGAGCAGAAGCAGUCGGUCUUUAUUUGUGUUUAGAUAAAUCGCUUGUACGUAUUUUUGAAUGUCCAGAAGAAGCGAUUGAUGAUAUAAUUUAUGUCAACUGGUUGUCAUUGCUAUGGAAUGGCUGUGCCAAAGCUUUAGAAAUGUAUGAUCCUUCUACUAAAAAAUGGUUACAAGCACACUCUCAAGCUCGAUAUGUUUUACUUAGAGUUUGUCUUGAAGCAAAAGAUAGUUUUGUUACUGUUACUGAAACUGAAGAAGGAAAAGAUUUAAGAAUGACUUUAGAUAGAUCGAAAAUUGAAACAUCUGGAAAAGAAGUAAUUGGAGAGUUUUUGAAGAAACUUCAAAUUUAUAAAAGUACAGGUGACGUAGACAGUGCUAGAGAAAUGUAUGAAAAAUAUAGCGAAGUACCUGAUUCUGGCCCAUACCCAUGGGCACGUUGGAGAAAAAUAGUUUUACUCAAUAAACAGUGUAGAAAAAUGUUUGUUCAACCAAAUACAUUUAUUAAAAAUGAAAACGGCAAUACUACUGAUGUGAUUUUAAAAAAUUAUGAACCAACGUUCUCUGGACUGAUUCAGUCGUGGAUAGAAAGAUAUCCUUCAGCAGACAUUUCAGACUCACUUAUUGACCUUUGGAAAAAGGAUAAGAAACAUUUCGUAUUGGAAAACACUGAUUAAUGAAAAAAUAUCAUAUUAUGAUAUAUAUCAUAAUUGCUUUUUUACUAUAUAUACAAUGUUACUCAAG